AAGUAAAUGUGACGCUGUUCGGACCCAGACCUGCCGGAUCAAACCGAACUAAGGACAGAAAUCGUGAACCCCCAGCCCGACCGGACAUGAGGACGAUACCCACACCUUCAGGCUGAAAUUGUAACAUCCAGCUAUGGGGACAGUGUCCAGUACAAGUACUGCUGGCACCAGUGGGAACGGUAAGGAAGUUGACAGACAACCUAUCAUCAAAGAUGAGGAUGACUCAGAAAGGUGGAGCUUCAGCAGAAGACACAGCUCAGGAGACACAGUGAACUGUCCAACAUGUCAGGGGACAGGACGGAUGCCCAGAGAUCAGGAGAAUAUGCUGGUGGCUGUGAUUCCGUGCACUGACCAGAGGCUCAAACCCAGACAUACGAAGCUUUAUGUUUUUGUGUCUAUCACCCUGUGCCUCCUGAUCAGCGGCCUGAUGCUGUUCUUCCUGUUUCCUCGCUCCAUCAUCCUGUCUCCAGCUACUGUCAAGUCAUCCUACGUUUACUUCACCAAAGAUGGCGUCCUCAUUAACAUCACGAAUGUCCUGAACGUCACCAACAAUAACUUUGCUGGAGUCCAGGCCUAUAACCUGUCAGUACAAGCCCUAGACUAUGACAUCGUGGUGGGAACCAUUUCCAUUAAGAAUGUCACCUCUGUGAAGCCUCGGUCCAUUGUAACGUACUCAUUUGUGAUCCCCGUGCUGCUGAACAAUGAGACAAGUACAUACUGUGAGAAGGCUUCCCUUCCCGUCCACAUCCUGUAUCUGCACCUCCAGAUGUCUAUGACUGUGUACUACCUGGCCCACUAUGAGCAACUGUCCAUGGAGGCAUAUGAAUACAUCGACUGUGGGUCUAACAGCACCAUCCCACACAGUGUGCAGCCGUCCACCUGAUGGAUGGGGCAGAGGAGGACACAUGUCUACAUAUAGAGUAGGAUCCUUUAAUCCUGGUUUAAUCAUUCAGGAUGAAUCUGGGUCCAAACUGCGGAUGGAUGGAUGGAUGGAUGGAUGGAUGGAUGGAUGGAUGGAUGGAUGGAUGGAUGGAUGGAUGGAUGGA